ACAAAUAAUAAUAGAAGAGCGCGAGGGGAAGGAGGCAAGAAAAAGAUCUCUCACUCGCAUCUCUCAGGUCGUUCUUGUUCGGCUACCUUAAUCCCUUCCAAUCAAUCAUGGCCGCACUGCUUUUGUCUCUCUCCCACUCCGAGUAAGCAUAAGAACGACCACAACAAGAACAAGGACAUCGAAAUGAACUCUCCGCCGAUGUGGACGGCGGUCCAGCCACCGUUCACGGUGGCGCAAUGGCAGGAGCUUGAACACCAAGCUCUCAUCUUUAAGUACCUCAAGGCUGGACUGGCCGUCCCCCUCGACCUCCUCGUUCCUAUUCGCAAGAGUCUCGAAUUGAUGCCGCCAAAGCUCGUUCAUCACCCGUCUUUGGGUUAUUGCUCGUAUUACGGGAAGAAGAUCGACCCAGAGCCGGGCAGGUGUCGAAGAACGGAUGGGAAGAAGUGGAGAUGCUCGAGAGAUGCGCAUCCGGACUCCAAGUACUGUGAGCGGCACAUGAUACGCCGUCGUUACCGUUCAAGAAAGCCUGUGGAAUCGCAACAAGCUGCUUCUCAGUCUUCGUCCAGUUCUGCAUCGGACGUUGCUGCUUCUGGGAGCAGAAGUGGCUCUGGAAGCUUCCAGAGCUUGCCCUUGCACGGAAAUGGUGCUCGUGAGGAUUUGAACCUUGGAAACAACUUAUCACAGCAGAUACAGUCUCUUCCCGGUGAGAUUAGCAGGAAAGAUUGCAGGUUCGGGCUGAAUUCUGAGGCAGAGGAGCACAACUUUUUGCAGAAAGGCUUGGGAAGCACAAGCUAUCUUGGUUUUGACUCUACCUCGGACACCAUGUGGUCUCAUAUCUCACAAGUUCCCUCACAACUUGUCUUGGAGUCAAGAAAUAGUUCUACUAUUGUUAGCAGCUGCUUCCAGCUGGGGACGAUGCGGGAUGCUGAGCCAUUGAACAUCAAUGCUGCAAGAUCAAAGCAACAUUUUUAUGGUGAUCAGCUAAGUUUGGCAGGGUGUUUGAAACAGGAAAAUCAGUCCCCGCUGACUUUCUCAACCGACUGGCUCUGGAAGGACUCAAGCUCCCCCUCUGUUGAGUAUAGACCCAAUAAGGAUUCUAGCUGUAACCCUGAUAGUAUGAAUCCCUUUCAGUGACUGACUGGAGGGAACUGUAAGGGGAGAGAGAGAGAGAGAUAGGUGAGUCACACUGAUAUCUUUUUCUCUUCACACUUUUCCUCCUGCAACUGGAAGGGAUUUGGGUUGAUGUCAGUGUCGGUUAUGGUGGAUCUUUUAUGGUUACUUCCAAGGAGUAUGCUUGUCCUGUGCAUAUUGACUUUCCCGGAAGCAAACCUUUGAAAUCACCUCACUACCACCCUCCCUCCCUUCCCUAACCAAAGGAAAGCUGUAUAAAUAAAUAGAAUCCCUCAGGCAGUGAUAUGUUUUUAUGGUUCAUCAUGCAGAUACUCAGGGGAAUUGAGGUUUAAUUUCCGAGCACCAAAUCUGUGGUUAUAUCAUUGUUGCAUGUGUUUCAUGGAAUUCUACUUUUUAUUAUAUGUAAACUUGGGAUAUGUGAUUACUUUUCCUAUGUUCUGUUA